UGUUUUUUUUUGCUCUAUUACUUAUUUUUAGUGUUUUUAAAACAAAAAUUCUAACGAAAAAUCUUUUCGUUUUAGAAAAUUUAUCACCAGCGAAAGAUAUGACAAAGCUGAAGUUGGAGCUAGCUCAAUUGGACAAACAAUUUAGUCGCAAGUUCUCUCGGAAAAUUACUCGGAGUGCAGAAUAAACAUUCGAAAUGAUGUACUAGAAUAAAACUUUUACUCAAAUUUUAUUUACUUUUUUCUUUGUUCAAACUUCAUAGUUUUUCAAUUCUAGACUUAAUAAUCUUUUUGUCAAUUCCAGAAAUCUUCAUAAUCAAGCAAAAGCGUGGUUCCAAGACGCAUCGCUUCACGAUCGAACCCGUCGACGACAGCAAGCCGCAGCUGAUCGUUCAGGUUGAGGACGACGGCGAUGACGGUGACGAGGAGGAGGUUGAAAUCGCCGAAGUUGGCCUUAUCGAUGCGGUGGACGGGUUUCGGUUCCCGAUUACGUCGGAGCAAAAGCUGGAACAGCUGGAGGAGGUCGUCCGGCACAGCUCGAUCGUGAGGCAGCAAUAUAUUGACUUGCUUCGCAAACAGAUUGCCCUCGUGUCGAAUCCAACGGUGGCACUAUUGAAGCUGUUUCAUGACAAGGCGUUGCAAAACUACAACUACAGUGGAAGGUGCAACUUUUCCGGAGAUAAGAAAAAAGCCAUGAAGCAGUAUCGCAUUUUUGUGGAGUGCAUCAACGAGGCGUGGGGUGCAUUCGAUUCGUGUGAAAAUCUCCGAAUCGGCAUUUGCAAAGCGAUCACAAUAGUUAACAAUCGCAAACGAGGGGCACGAUUCCGUAAAAGGCAGAAAAACUCAAUGUAACUAGAAAUUUAAGUUGAAUAAAGAUUGACUAUUUUUUAACGAAACUAUUUUCUUUCUAGAAGUUUUCAACUUGUUCCGGUAUCAACAGACUAACACAAUUUCUGCUUGUCUUUCUUUCAGUUCCGGAAGAAAUCUUGGACCUUCAGCAUCGCAUUGCUUUACUGCGACAUGAAAGGAAUGCAGGUCGCAAAUUGGCCCAGCUUCGCGCAAAACUGGAAGCCCUGCGAAGGGGUUUCCAAAAGGUAGACUUUGUUGGCGUUCGUGGCUUCACAUUCCCGCUGGACAGCGUGAACGAGGUUGAUCAGCUCGAAAUUUCCGUGAGGGAAGAUCCGAUCGUUAGGAAACAGUAUGUAACGUUUUUAAGAAGCCACAAGAAUAGCUUCAAUCCUGUAAGUGUAACCUUCCCGGUACUUUUUUCGGACGAAACCAUCAGCCAAUACAGCUUGGUUGACCGUCAGCACUCAAAGUUCAAGAAGAUUGGACUGAAAAACUAUAUGGUCUUCUACGAUUGUUUACAAGAGGCUUGGCAGGACGUCGGAGUGUCACAAAUAAAGAUGGAUAGGCUACUCCAGGAAUACGUCCGCAAAACGACCCACAAAGUGGUCGUCCGAACUAGCAGGGAACGGUCGAAGGCCCAAAGUGCCGCAGAAGAAGUGGAAAGCUCAGAAUAAAAGAAUACCUCAUUCUAGUACUGCAGUUGUUUUUGUUUCUUUUCUUCAUGAUUUUGUCUUCUAAUUUUAAUCUCAAUCAGAAGCUAAUAUUGUUGUUCCCUAUUUCAGCUAGCGUCGAAAUGUUCAAAGUCAGCUCUAAAAUGAUGAUGCAAGCAGGAGCUCGCCACAGGACAAGGGUCAAAUCCAAACGGCCUACCUCACAGGCCGAAAAGCUGACGUUUUCCGCAACCGUCGAUGGAUUCUUUUUUCCACUCGCCAACGACCAAGAGGUUGAGCUGCUGGAAGCUACCGUUCGCGCAAAUGAGAAAAUUCGCGAGCAAUAUAUCCAACUCUUGCGCGACUGCAAGGCGCAAUGUCCCCGGCUGGACAUUGCCAACAUUUUCUCCGACCUGUUCAGCGACGAAGCGCUGCUCAGCUACAACUACUUCGGUAUGACGAAUCGGUCCAAAAAGAAGCGCGCCAUGCGAGACUAUUGGAUAUUUUCCGAGUGUAUGCUGGAGGCCUGGAGCGACGAAGGAAUCGACCAGGAGACCCUGAAGGCAAAGUUGACAAAGAUAAUCUCCCGACUGAAUCACAAGCUGCGAACGCGAGGCUACAGAAGCAAGGCUGCGACAAAUGAAGUACUAGAAUUCGAGAUGCUCGAUGAAGAUUAUGAAGAAUAUCAGAGCGUUUAAUAAAAAUGAGUUGUCACUUGAAAAACUAUUCAUUAUUUUCAACAACAAAAAAACGCGAUUGUAGUACUAGAAUGACAUUUUUGUUCUAUAAUUUCAGUGAACUCGCCGAAAUCUCGACUGUACGCGUAUGCACUGGA